CAACAACAACAGCAGUAUCGACGUUUAAGUCUACAAAUGGGAAAUGGCGAUUGUAACAAAGUAAAACCGCUAUAGGCAAAGCGAGCGCGAAUCGAAUAUCAUUAUCUUUUAAACGAACAAGCUCGACUUUACCUUCUGAUCAUUAGCAGCAUGGGCAUCUGGCAGGAUACACUAGUCAGAUUGGGAGUGGCUCAGGCAGGUCCUAAAAUCACAACCCAAGACAGGGCUAUUUUGGACCUAAAGCUGCAAAGAGACAAACUGAAACAGUAUCAAAAACGCCUGGAAGUGAUCCUAGAUCGAGAGCAUGAGAUUGCUAGAGAAGCUCUCAAAUCUGGGAACAAGAAACGUGCCCUGACCGCUCUCCGACAACGUAAAUAUCAAGAACAAUUACUAUCAAAGACAGAUUCCCAGUUGGUUACCCUGCAAGAGCUUGUAAGCACAAUAGAAUUCACGCAAAUUCAGAAUACCGUUCUCCAUGGGCUUGAGAUGGGUUCACAUGUCCUUGGAGAAUUGCAGAAGGAGAUGUCACUGGAAAGAGUCGACAGGUUGAUGGAUCAGACACGAGAAGGUGUAGAAUACCAACGGGAGAUCGACGAGGCACUCAUGUCCAAGAUGUCACCAGAAGAGGAGGAAGCUGUACAAGAAGAGCUGGAACGGUUGCAAAGCGAGGCUCUGCCCAAUGUGCCAGAAAGUUCGGCGCAGGUGGCACUGCCCGACGUUCCUGUCGAGGAGCCUUCAGUACCCGAACCCGUGGAACCUAGUGGGUCUGAAGUGGUGGUGCAGGAGGAACGAGUCGCGGUUGCGGCCUAAGCCGAAAUGUCCGAUGGAAGUUGGGAUGAGCGUGUAAAAUACGGACUGCAGUACUUGUACUUGAUACUCUAUGCAUGGCAUGCGGAUG